AUGCCAACACUAAACGAAGUCGCAGAAAGAUGGGUUUUACGCGAAAGGAUUAGAAAUGCUAUUUCUGAACUUCGCGACAAAUACGAUAAGAAUGGCAAUGAGAAGAGUGACGGCGAUGAUGGCAACGAGGUGAUUCACGAAGAACUCGAUGUCAUUGUAGAAGACUAUGUGGCUUAUGAACAAGACGAGGGCGACUUUUACAUUAACAUCGAUGAAGAUAGUGAAGCCGAUGAGUAUUCUUACAAAGGAGUCAUGACAUUGGUGACUGAAAUUUGCAAACUAAUUCUAAAAAGUUCAAAUAAAAUCACCCACCUCUUCAUUAACGGCACCGUAUCCACGAAUUUCAAACAUUUAUUGAAUAAUCUUCCGAACAUUCAAGGGGCAUCAAACUCACUCGAGAUUGAAGAUGUUCGAACGCCGGUCGAAUCUCUAAAAACCCAAUUUCCUAUGAUAAUAAUGAAUCAACGUGGCUUGAAAAAGUUAUUCUUCGGCGGAAAUGUGUGGGAUAAUCUAUCAGCGAUAAUAGCUGCCCUUCGAAGUCAGGCAAAAUCUUUGGUCGAACUUAAGAUCGAGUAUUUCACAAUAUGCGACAUGACAACAGUGGAACAUCUCAUACAAUGCACUAGUUUACAGAAACUAGACAUCAUGAUAGAUCUGAAUAUCUAUUCGAAUAGUAUGUUUUUUAAAAUGCUCGCAGCUUGUAAAUUUAAGAAUCUUCAAAAUCUAAGGAUUUUUUGGAUCAGUUAUAACGAAGAGAAAAUUCAAGUUGCCGAAGACUUGGAAAUAUUCUUUGAGAAUUGUGGAAAAUCACUAAAAGAAUUGGACCUUGAGUAUCAUUCUUAUGAAGAAAACGUACAAAUACUGGAAACAUUGAGGAGGAACUGUCCUCAACUGGAAAGCUUGUCUUUUCCUCUUGGUGGAAAUGAAGAAAUCAAGGAAUUCCUCAAACUUGUCAUUGAAUUAAAAUUCCUGAAAAAUUUGGUUCUUGGAAAGACGCGGUCGGAAAUUGAAGCUGAUGAAUUCUUUCUCGAUUUUGUCGAGAUUUGGGCAAAUUCCUCGAUAUCAUAUCUGAGCGCAAACUGGAUUAUUUCAGAUCUAACCUUGAAUGAAUUUCUUGAAGAUUAUAUUAUCCCGAUAAGAAAACUGGAGUACCUGUGUGAAGAAGAUUCAUAUGAAUCCCACAAGAGUAAUUUGAUUUCAUAUUCUCGGAAGCUUAGGCGAAAAGGACUUAUCAAGACAUUGA